AUGGCAUCUUCCUCCUCCAAAUUGACUCUAAAAUUACUUAUCGACGCUAAGCGUGAGAAGGUCCUGUUCGCAGAAGCAUCAAAAGCAGUUAUAGACUUUCUAUUUAACUUGCUCUGCUUGCCCAUUGGUACUGUCAUAAGGAUUCUCAACAAGAAUCAAAUGGUUGGCAGCUUAGCCAAUCUCUAUGAAAGUGUUGAGAAUCUGGAUGAAACUUACAUGCAACCAGACCAGAAUAAGGAUCUACUGUUGAAACCAAGUGCCCCCAUGUCUUCACGAAUCUCUGGUCUUCUUCCUUCAGUUAAUGACUCUUCUUCCAAAAACUCCACGAAUGUAUUGUACAGGUGCCCAAGUCACUUUGGUCACGUCACAUGUGAUAACACCACUAGUUGUCCUACUAAUUGUGGGGGAUAUAUGAACUCACCAUUGAUUUUUGUUGGUGAAAAGUUUGCAAAUGAAAUUUCUACUGACAAGAGUGGUUUUGUGAAAGAAGUGGUAACAUAUAUGGUGAUGGAUGAUUUGGUGAUUCAGCCCUGUCAAGCAUAUCAAGCAUUACCCUACUUAACAAAUUCAACGUCAAAGAAGUUGGCGUCUUGCAAGAAAAGGUGGUCGAGUUGGACAUGA